UAAAGUGAAGAUAGAAAAUAAGAGAUAAUAUGUGCAAUAUUAAAUUAAUUGAAUGGAUUGAGAAUGAUUUCCCUUUUGUAAUAUCAAGUGAUACUAAAAUCGUGUUUGUCUUUUGAAAAAACAAUAGACGGUCUUUCUGAUACAAAUGUCAAUGUGACAAUUGUCCCUGGUGGAUAAAAUCACCGUACUGAGACCGGCGUGAAUGAUAAAUAAUAAAUUAUCAAGUAACACUAAUUGUAACACUAAUUCGCUGACACUUCCGUAAGGUGAAGCGGAAAUGGGAAACGCCAGUUCCGCGCAACCUCCCAAGAUACAUAAAGACCGGAAGGAGAGCGACGCAGAUACCGGAAAAGGUAGACAACCCGCGAAUGGAAGCGGUAAAGCCGCCAGCCAAAGUUCACAGGGCCAAAAGGACGGGCACCGUUCUCGAGCGACGAAUCCUUUCAUCAUUUUCUUUCUGCGACUUCGUAGCAAAAAACCGAAUGAGCAUGUCACCGUGAUAGCGCGAGCUGCGGGCAAAUUGUGGUCCCGGAUGACUCCCGAACAGAGAAAGAAAUAUGUGGAUCUUGCCAACGAGGAGAAGAAACGACGUCAGGAGAGGAAACGGAAGAGGAAACGAUCGUUCACACAUUCGAGAAUCCUUCAAAUGCAAGCUAGAGAUGUGAUCGCAUUCCUAUGUCCAGGAUGAAGUAACUAAAGCUUGUAGAGGGUCUAUCUCGCGCAAGGAGGUGAUCUUACAUGCAAUAUGUCGUCGUACGUGGCACCUGGAAACAAUCAAAGACGCGAUUACAUAUUUUUGAUUUCUUUUUUAUUUGUUAGUAGUCUUUUUUAGAUCUAUGUACAAUAAAUAUUGAUGUAUUUUUAUACAUUAUUAAUUAUCUUAUUCAAUUAUACUCUAAGCUAGGCGAUCUGCCGUUUUUCUUUCGUUUCUCUCGUCUGAAAAAAUUAAACUCGUAACGUUUCGUACCAUAAAUAUAUUAUUUUUUUUGUCGUCACGACCGUUCCGCGAAGCGUCGCCCACAACGAGGGAGGGAAAUUACGCGAUUCGGGGCAAUAUCUUCGGGGUAACGUGUUUCACACUACCGUUCCUCUUUCCUUCACUUCGCGAAGGGAAAUCGACGUAUGCUUUCUCUCGCGAUUUCGAUACAAAAAAUAAUUUCGGCACGAGUCUCGCGACGCUUCGUGGAAGAGCCUGAUUGCGCGCUCCGUUAUUCUUUCCGAAACUAGAGCUACCCUCUCGCGAUAUUAGAUAAUAAAAACAUACAGAGAGUAAUGAAUACCGAACGAAUGGGUGUGACAUCAUACAUGUGACAAUUAAAAUAUAACGCAUGAAUAUGUUUCUUGUGUGAGUCUCUUUCUGUAUGUGUGUGUGUGUGUGUUUUUUGUGUGGGUGUCUGUUUUGUAUGUGUUUCAUCAUCUGUCACAAUAGUAAUGAUUAUUAAUGAUAAUAAUAAUGAUAACAAUUGAUAAAAAUUAUGUAAACGAUGGCGCUGACGAUCGAGAUUGACGAUUUUACAAUGGUGAGACGAUGUCGGCGACAAUUAAACGACUUCCGUAAUAAUACAAUGAGGAUUAUCAUAGCAUUACGCAGUUAUCUUUUCUUCUUUAUGAUACAGUAAAGUACAAGUGUGCCAACUUAAAUAACAAUGUUUAACAAUUGAUAAUAUCAAACAGAAUAUUAUUCGUAA